CAAAACCAACUGAGAAGUCAUUGUAUUUUGAAGAAGUAGGCGCGGGACAUGCCGACCCUUGUCUUUUCCUCGAAACAGUCAGGUCCUCUUUGGCGUUCAGUCAAAAAAAUCUCAGUAUAUUUCUUAUCAUCCCAAAAGUCCUCGACCAAAGACAGCAUUUUUGAGCGAAUACCGAGAGAGGAGCUGGUGCCGAAUAUCAGAUCUGGGCUUCGAGACAGGAAGUUCCUCCCAGGCUCUACGGAUGGAGGUUUCCCAGAAUUCUUAGGAGAACCAAGUAACUCUUUCCCCCUCGGUUUGCGAAUCUGUAAUGGAAAGCAAUUCUCUUUGGGAGAGUUGAGUGCAAAAUGUACGGAGUACGUGCAGAAAAACAACUCUCUAAGCCCUGCAAUCUUAUUCCGCGGACUACCCGCCAAAACGGCAGAAGAUUUCUUGACUAUAACCCAAUCUAUUGAGGGGAAGCCUUUGAGUUAUGCUGGCGGCAACGUUCCCAGGCCCCGCGCCAUAGAAAACGCUGAUAUCUACCAAGUUAACACUGAAGAUCAAGCUAUGACGAUCGAAUUGCAUCAUGAAAUGGCAUAUAGUAGUUCCUUUCCUUCGAAGGUGUUCUUUUUUUGCUUGCAAGAGCCUGCAGACGGUUGUGGCGGUGAGACACCGCUGGCCAAGAGCAGCGAAAUUCUUCUCAAACUUGACCCCGAAGUCGUGAGGAAGUUAGACAGUAAAGGAGUGAAGUAUGCAGGUUAUUGGCCCGACAAAUCUAGCGCAGAGUACAUGAGCUGGCAGCAGCAGUUUUACACUGAUAAUAAAGAGGAGGCGGAAAAGAAAGCCAAGCAACUCUAUGACACGGUAACAUGGGACGACAACGGUGACAUGCAUUGGUCCAACAUUUAGCCUGCCUUCCUCCGUCAUCCGAAAACGGGAGAAUAUAUCUGGUUCAACCAAGUAACAAUCCACCACCACACCUAUUAUAAGUCAUUACCAAUGUUUAAGA